UUGGAAAUUUGCGCGCAGCAUACAUUUGGCGCGAACAUCUUUAUUCGGCGGGUAGUUGGGUUGAGCUUUUGUGUGUAAUUUACAAUGUUUGAGGCGAAGCUAGUUCAGGGUGGUGUUUUGAGACGCCUUUUAGAAUCAAUAAAAGAUCUCGUAACGGAAGCAAACUGGGAUUGCUCGAGCACGGGCAUCACACUGCAAGCCAUGGAUUCUAGCCACGUCAGUCUGGUCUCCAUGCUUCUUAGAGCAGAAGGAUUCGAUCCUUUUCGCUGUGAUCGCAACUUGACGCUUGGCAUGAACCUCACCAGUAUGACCAAAGUUUUGAAAUGUGCUGGCGGUGAUGACAUGAUUACGAUUAGAGCUGAAGAAGGUGGAGAUGUGGUCAACUUUUUGUUCGAAAGUCCGAACGGCGAACGAGUGUGUGAUUAUGAAAUGAAACUAAUGAAUAUUGAUCAAGAACAUCUGGGCAUUCCAGAUACUGAUCAUGACUCGGUAGUGAAGAUGCCUUCCAGUGAAUUUCAAAGAAUAUGUCGAGAUCUGUCUCAAAUUGGUGAUUCAGUUGAAAUAUCGUGCUCUAAGGAAGGAGUUCGUUUCUUUGUCAGUGGUGACCUUGGCAGCGGCAGCAUCACACUGAAGCAGAAUGCAACGAUUGAUAAAGAUGAGGGCAAACAAGUUAACAUCACAAUGAACGAACCCGUGUCACUGACUUUUGCACUUCGAUACCUCAACUUCUUUACCAAGGCAACACCAUUGGCCAAUCAUGUAACAUUGUCUAUGUCAAAGGAUGUGCCACUUGUGGUUGAGUAUUUGAUGGGUGACAUGGGACACAUUCGGUUCUACUUGGCACCUAAGAUUGAAGAGGACGACAUGGCUACUCAAGCCGAUGAUUCCUAAUCACUCACUGUGUUCAGAAAUAGUCUAACACUAAUGUUUUGGUUGACACUGUUCUUUCAUAGCAAUAGCUAGUUGUAUUAAUCAAUCUCUCAUUUAUGGCAAUGAA